AUGGUAAGAAGAGUGACGAUUUAUACUGCUUGCACGGCUGACGGCUUGAUUUCUGGAACCAACCACGAAUUGGAUUGGCUAUUUACGGAAAAAUAUCGCGGCAGUGAUUUGGGAUUUUCGGAAUUCCUUAAUGGGAUUGAUGUUACAAUUAUGGGUCGAAACACAUACGAAUUUUCAAAGGCAUAUGGUCCGGUAUUUCCAGGGAAGAAAAACUACGUGUUUAGUAGGACGCUCGAGCAGUUAAACGAUGACAGUGUACAGCUAGUACAUGAAAAUCCGAUCGACUUUGUCAAGAAAACGAAGCUGGAGCCUGGAAAAAAUAUUUGGAUAGUUGGCGGGUCUUGCCUUAAUAGCGAAUUGCUAGAUGCUGGUCUUGUUGAUGACUUGAUUUUGACAAUCCAUCCUGUUUUUCUUGGUAGCGGGAUUGCAUUGUGUAACGGACUUGCCUCAAAACACGAAUUAUCUCUACUCUCAUGCAAUACGUUCACCAAUGGCCUCGUCCAACUUUUCUAUCAGGUUAAAAAUGAGCUUCAUUUUCAAAAGGCAAAAGGCAAUUCAAUACGUGCAACACCAGUUUAA